GGCGAUGAGUUACCGCUAAGUCCGGAAAUAAUAUUGGGCCGUUUAAUAAGCCCAUCUUCAUAACUGAAGCGGGAUCCUGGUUUCGUUGGUGCCCCAGUUUCAGUGUGUGCAGUGGGAGAAAGCUAGCAAGCUGGGGUUUAGGGUUUAGUGAACAUGACCAAGUUCAGGAAACUCGGUCGACCCACCGGUCACCGAAUGUCCAUGCUCAGAACCAUGGUCUCGCAGUUGGUGAAGCACGAGCGCAUCGAAACUACUGUCGCCAAGGCGAAAGAGAUCAGAAGACUCGCGGAUAAUAUGGUGCAGCUUGGAAAGGAGGGAUCCCAAUGUGCUGCGAGACGUGCUGCUAGUUUUGUGCGAGGAGAUGACGUCCUUCACAAGCUCUUUACAGAGCUGGCUUAUCGCUAUAAGGAUAGAGCUGGGGGAUAUACCAGAUUGCUUCGAACCCGAAUCCGAGUCGGUGAUGCUGCACCAAUGGCCUAUAUCGAGUUUAUUGACAGAGAGAAUGAGCUUAGGCAGUCAAAACCACCAACUCCUCAACCACAACAGAGAGCACCCCUUGAUCCCUGGACACGUUCUCGUCUCAGCAGGCAAUUUGCACCUCCUAAAGAGGAAAAAUCUGGAUCUGAUUUGUGAAUUAUUCAAAUAGCAGGGUUAGGUUGGUGUCAAGAGGCAGGUCUGCAGCUGGCAAAUGGAGUUCUUGUUAAAGACAUUUUGAUAAAGAAGGUUUUGGCUAUAAUCCUUAUUGGAAAAAAAGACAUGCUAGAUUUCUCUUUUUUUGCUUGAAAAGCUUGAAAAUGGUUCAGCCCGUAGAGCUCGUUUGACGCAUAUCCAGAGACGGAGGUAGCCUUCAUUGAUGGAUAAUAUACUAGUUAUUCUUUUGAUGUUUUGUUGUUUUUGGGACACUAGUUUGGCUACCUUGGACUGUAUUUUUACUCUGAUUUAUUCAGGCCCCAGAUUAGACCUUGUGUAUAUAUUGUAGUUGCUUAUAUAUAUAUAUGCACACUCUUUUCUGUGUG